CUUGCGAUAAUGAUCUAGUAGCAGUUGAUCCACUCUCUGAUGAUGCUGAAGCUGAACAAGAACUCAUAGUCCUCAUUGACCGAAUGCAACAUAUUUCUGAUCCCAUGACCGUGGAAGAGUAUAUUCUGGUUGAUAAUCAAGCUGUGAGUAAGGAGCAAAUGACGGAUGAGGAAAUUGUCAAGUUCAUAAACAGUGAAGAUACUCAAGAGCCAGAGAAUAAUGAAGAGUCUAAAUCCUUGAUAAAC